AUGGACGUGUACGGCACCCCGGCCGCCGCGCUGGACAGGUUGGUGGCCCGCAGCCUGCAGCCGCCGGCGGAGUUCGUGGGGGCGGUGCGGCGAGCACUGGGCGCCCUGGGCGCCACCCUGCGGGAGCGCGGGGGGCGCCCCGGAGCCGCGGGCUCGGAGCCGCGGGUGCUGAAAAUUAUUAAGGGAGGCUCCUACGGCCGGGGUACAGCCCUGAAGGGCGGCUGUGAUUCUGAACUUGUCAUCUUCCUAAACUGCUUCAAGAGCUAUGAGGACCAGGGGGCCCACCGUGCAGAGAUCCUCAAUGAGAUGAGGGCUCAGCUGGAAUCCUGGUGGAUGGAGCCCUUCCCCGGCCUGAGUCUUGAGUUUCCCGAGCAGGACGUGUCUGGGGUGCUGCAGUUCCGACUGGCAUCCGAGGACCUUGAAAGCUGGAUGGAUGUCAGCCUGGUGCCUGCCUUUGAUGCCCUGGGACAGCUCAGCUCUGGUGGCAAACCCAAGCCCGAGGUCUAUUCCGCCCUCCUCAACAGUGGCUGCCAGGGGGGCGAGCACGCGGCCUGCUUCGCAGAGCUGCGGAGAGACUUCGUGAACACGCGCCCAGCCAAAGUGAAGAACCUGAUUCUGCUGGUGAAGCACUGGUACCGCCAGGUGUGCUCGCAGGAGGGCAGAAGGGGGACGCUGCCCCCAGUCUAUGCCCUGGAGCUACUGACCAUCUUUGCCUGGGAACAGGGCAGCGGGAAGGACGCCUUCAGCCUGGCCCAAGGCUUCAGAACCGUCCUGAGCCUCAUCCACCAGCACCAGCAGCUGUGUGUUUUCUGGAGCGUCUACUACGGCUUCGAGGACACUGCAGUCGGGCGGUUCUUGCAGGGCCAGCUCGAGAGACCCAGACCUGUGAUCCUGGACCCAGCAGACCCAACGUGGGAUGUCGGGAAUGGGGCCACCUGGCAGUGGGACAUGCUGGCCCAAGAAGCAGGGUCCUGCUAUGACCGCCUGUGCUUUUUGCAGGCGCCUGGGAGCCCUGUGCAGCCCUGGGAGGGGCCGGGCCUUCCACGUGCCGGGUGUUCAGGUUUGGGCCACCCCAUCCAGCGAGACGCUGACCAGAGGACCCCCAAAGACAGUGGAAGUCUCAGUGCUGUGACCCCCAAAGACAGUCUCAGUGCUGUGCGCCUCAGGACAGGGAGCGGGCAGUCCCCGAGCCCAGCUCCUAGCCCCUCAGGGAUGACCAGCAGCACCGCCCCUGUGCCGGGGAUGCUCUCAGAUCUGUCCCAGAUCCCCAGCAAGGAGCUAGACCUCUUCAUCCAGGAUCACCUGAAGCCGAGCCCCAAGUUCCAGGAGCAGGUGAGCAGGGCCAUUGAGAGUGUCUUGCGGUGCCUCCGUGAGAACUGCGUGUACAAGGCCUCGCGAGUCAUCAAGGGAGGCUCUUUCGGCCGGGGAACAGCCCUGAAGGGAGGCUGUGAUGCUGAACUCGUCAUCUUCUUCAACUGCUUCAGGGACUACCAGGACCAGGGGGCUCGCCGUGCAGAGAUCCUUGAUGACAUGCAGGCCCAGCUGGACUCCUGGUGCCGGGACCCAGUCCCCAGCCUGAGCUUCAAGUUUCCUGACCAGAAUGGGCCUGGCACUCUACAGUUCCGACUGACGUCCACGGCCCUGGGAAGCUGGAUAGAUGUUAGCCUGCUGCCUGCCUUUGAUGCCAUAGGGAAACUCAGCUCUGGCACCAAACCCAAGCCCCACGUCUAUCCCACCCUCAUCAACAACAGCUGCCACGGGGGCGAGCAUGCGGCCUGUUUCGCAGAACUGCGCAGGAACUUCGUAAAUACUCGCCCGGCCAAGCUAAAGAACCUGAUCUUGCUGGUGAAGCACUGGUACAACCAGGUUGCAGCUCAGAACAGAGGAGAGCCAGCCUGUGCUUCUCUGCCCCCAGCCUACGCCCUGGAGCUCCUGACCAUCUUCGCCUGGGAGCAGGGCUGGGGGAAGGACAGUUUCAACAUGGCACAAGGCCUCCGGACUGUCCUGGGGCUUGUCCAGCAGCACCGGCAGCUCUGUGUCUACUGGACAGUCAACUAUGACCUGGAGGACCCAGCUCUCAGGACGUACCUGCUUGGCCAGCUCCGGAAACCCAGACCCCUAGUCCUGGACCCUGCCGACCCCACCUGGAACGUGGGCCAGGGCAACUGGGAGCUGUUGGCCCGGGAAGCAGCAGCCCUGGGGACGCAGGCUUGUUUCGUGAGUGGAGACGGGACACCUGUGCAGGCCUGGGAUGUGAUGCCCGCCCUCCUUUACCAGACCCCCGCUGGGGACCUCGACAAGUUCAUCAGUGAGUUUCUCCAGCCUACCCGCCAGUUCCUGGACCAGGUGAACAGGGCCGUCAACACCAUCUGCUCAUUCCUGAGGGAGAACUGCUUCCGGAACUCUCCUAUCAAGGUCCUCAAGGUGGUCAAGGGUGGCUCUUCAGGCAAAGGCACAGCUCUGCGAGGCCACUCGGACGCCGACCUGGUGGUCUUCCUCAGCUGCUUCAGACAGUUCACCGAGCAGGGCAACACGCGGGCUGAGAUCAUCUCGGAGAUCCGAGCGCAGCUGGAGGCGUGCCAGCAAGAGCAGCAGUUUGAGGUGAAGUUCGAGAUCUCCAAGUGGGAGAACCCCCGCGUGCUGAGCUUCUCACUUUCGUCCCAGAGGACGCUGGACCAGAGCGUGGACUUUGACGUGCUGCCAGCCUUCGAUGCCCUCGGCCAGCUGGGCUCCGGUGGCAAGCCCAGCCCUCAGGUCUAUGUAGACCUCAUCCACAACUACAAUAACGCGGGCGAGUACUCCACCUGCUUCACGGAGUUGCAGCGCGAUUUCAUCGUCUCCCGCCCCACCAAGCUGAAGAGUCUGAUCCGACUGGUGAAGCACUGGUACCGGCAGUGCAACAAGAUGCCCAAGGGCAAAGGCUCCCUGCCCCCCCAGCAUGGGCUGGAACUCCUGACAGUGUACGCCUGGGAGCAGGGAGGGCAGGAGUCCCAAUUCAACAUGGCUGAGGGUUUUCGCACCGUCCUGGAGCUGGUCACCCAGUACCGCCAGCUCUGUGUCUACUGGACCGUCAACUACGAUGCUGAGAACAAGAUCAUCGGCGACUUCCUGAAGCUGCAACUAAACAAGCCCAGGCCCAUCAUCCUGGAUCCAGCUGACCCGACAGGCAACCUGGGCCACAAUGCCCGCUGGGACCUGCUGGCCAAGGAAGCGGCAGCCUAUGCAUCUGCCCUGUGCUGCAGGGGCUGGGAUGGCACCCCCAUCCAGCCCUGGCCAGUAAAGCCGAAUUGA